AAGAAAAAUGAGUGCUGCUUCAGUUCGUUUCCUAAAAUCUAAGAUGAGUACCGUUCAACUCUUUGGUUCUUACAAUUUGCAAAUGAUGUUUCCAAUUAUCAGCAUUCUCAUGAUCUCAACCAUGAUUCAAUCCUCUUAUUGUGCCAUUAGCAAUGAAUCCUCCUGUGACGGAUUGUUCUAUAACUGUGGAAACCUACAGGGCAUAGCUCAUCCUUUCUGGGGGGGAAAUCGACCUGAAUCAUGUGGGAUCCGUGAUUUUCAGCUGCAAUGUGUAGAAGAACAGCAAACCCUGAUUCUUUUUGAUGAUAUACAAAAGUUCAGGCUCCUAAACAUCGAUCAGCCUGCUGGAAGUAUGACUCUUGCACGCACCGAUAUCUGCGACAAUGCGUGUCCACAGGGAUACACAAACAUUUCCUUGCCAACAGACGGUUUUCUCAAGUACAAGGAGCAAACUGUUAGCAAUCUCACAAUUUACUACGGUUGCAGCUUGGAUCUUCCAUUACUUGGCUGGGAUAGCAGUUCGAAUCAGACGCAGUACAACACAACUGACAACUUUCACAGUUGCUGCUAUCAGCAGAUCACGAACUCGAUAGCAAGCAGAGUUUGUUUUGCUGAUUAUUAUCCACAUAGCCAAGAGUGUAGCUCUCUUGCUGUAGUUCCAGUUCUUAAGGAAGCUUCUGACGAACUCUGGGCCUCGAAAGACCUACUGUCAGCUGCAGAAGCUCUAUUGCAAGAAACUAUCAAUCAAGGUUUUGAUGUUGAGUACAGGGAAUUAGUAACUGCCUGCUCAGGUUGUGAGGCUUCUGGAGGAAACUGUGGAUCUAACAAAGAUCGACAAGUUAAUUGCUACUGUCAAGAUGAAAUUCACCCAACAAUAUGUCCAAAUUCGCCUAACGGAAAUCAGUCUUUUGGCUCCCCUCCUAGCAACCAUGGAAACAAUAAUGAUCUUCUAGUGAAGAAGCCAGUAGUAGCUGGAAUAGUAAUAGUGGGAAUAAUACUAGUAGUAGGUAUCUGUAUAGUUAUCUGGUGCUGUAAAAUCAAGAAAGGGCAACAUGGCCGAGCCAUUUUGUUACCAUUUAAAAGAAUUUCGAAAGAUUUCCAAAAUCUUGACGAAUUGAUGGAGCAACAUGGACCUCUGGCCCUAAGAAGAUACAAUUAUUCAGAUAUUAAAAAAAUGACAAGCUCAUUUAAGGAUAAACUUGGAGAAGGAGGAUUCGGCGAAGUCUACAAGGGAAAUCUUUCCAAUGGUCGGGAUAUUGCAGUAAAGAUCCUACGAGAAUCCAAAAAAGAUGGAGAAGCGUUCUUCAAUGAGGUCUUAAGCAUUAGUAAGACUUCCCAUGUCAACAUCGUCACCCUUCUGGGAUUUUGCCUGGACAGGCAAAAAAGAGCUCUUGUCUAUGAAUACAUGCCAAAAGGGUCUCUAGACAAAUAUAUCCAUGGAGAAACUGCAACUAAGACUGAAAAUCACCUGGGAUGGGAAACGCUUCAUCGGAUUGCAGUUGGAAUAGCUCGAGGACUAGACUACUUGCAUAAGGGGUGCAACACUCGAAUUUUGCAUUUUGACAUAAAACCUCAUAACAUUCUUCUGGAUGAAGAUUGCUAUCCUAAGAUAUCUGACUUUGGGUUAGCACAGCUAUGUACUAAAAAAGGAGGUAUCGUAUCAAACAUAAGAGCUAGAGGAACUCCAGGUUAUACUGCCCCAGAAUUUGGCAGCAGGGACUCUGGAGGAGCUUCCGAGAAGUCUGAUGUUUAUAGCUACGGUAUGAUGCUUAUGGAAAUGGUUGGAGGAAGAAGGAACAUUGAGGUGGAUGUAAGUCGUAUAAGUCGAAUCGAUUAUCCCUCUUGGGUUUACCAGCGCGUGGUGCUUGAUGAAGACUUGGAACUACAGGGCAUCGAGACUCGAGAAGAAGACGAAAUGGCAAGGAAAAUGUUGCUAGUAGGUUUGUGGUGUAUACAAAAAGAUCCGUCUAAAAGGCCAGAAAUGAGCAAAGUGAUCGAAAUGCUCGAAGGUAGUUUGCAGGCCUUAGAGAAACCUCCAAAACCUUUUGAUGGUGGUAUUUCUUCUCCAGUUCUGCAAUAGACUAACAGAAUUGUUUAAACCCAUCAAAUUUCUUUUACAUUUUUGUUCAACUUCUCCUCCAUUAGUUAUAUAAUGUACUGAUCACAUAAAUUCACCGGCAAGGA